AUGCAGUGGUGCAGUGGUAGCCAGACAGGCUGCGCGCGCGUGUAUGUGGAGUCUGUUCUGCGUAUCAGCCACUCCGCGCAUCUUCACACUUUCCACGACGUCCGGCGGCAGGAGCCAGAGGAGCUGCGAGUCCCGUCGGACAAACGCUCAGAGUUCCGGAGCUCGCCCGGGAAGCCUGGGGGAGGGGGGCGGGAGCCGGGCUGCAGUUCCCGGCUCUUCCCCUGGGGCUGGGUGACAGGGCUCCCUGGAGCCCAAGCAUUCACCUGCCUGAGCUCCCUGCAGGCGUCCCACCCCCACCGCACUCUUCCCGGGGCGGGUAUAGAUUUCCACGAACACAGGCAGUUUUGUUUUCUCUGCGAAAAACAACUCUCCUGGACUGGAGCAGGCUUUGUGCUUCACGCCGGGGGAAAGAGAGCGUCGCACUCCGAGGUCACUGGGCUGGGUGAGGCGCAGCCUGUCACCUGACCCGGCUCUGGGGCUGCCGGUGGCAUCGGGCUGCAUUCCUUGAAUUCUUCCACCCGGCACCGGCACGGCACCGGACGACUGCAGGUUCACUGAGCUGAGAGGCUUCCGCUGGCUGUGCCCUUGCGGUCCGCGGCCCGCACCUCCCGCCCGGCGCCAAAGCACACAGCUGAGCGACGCAAGUGCGCGGGGGAGGAGGAGCACGCAGAGAGUGCCAAAGAAGUCCUCAAAGUCUACAGAAAAACGAUCUUGCGUGGGCGAUGAAGUGAACCUCUUGCUUCAUGUUGUUGUCUUGCUGAUCUCUGCUAACUGACACAUAUGGCCCUGGCUCUUCAGAGAGUCGACUGACUAAACUCCUCAACAUGCAUCAACUUUUCCGACUGGUUUUGGGACAAAAAGAUCUUUCACGAGCCGGGGACCUCUUCUCCUUAAAUGACUCUGAGAUUGAAGACAGCCUGACAGAAGCUUUGGAGCAAAUUAAAAUAAUCAGCUCAUCUUCGGAUUACCAAACCAAUAACAAUGACCAGGCAGUGGUUGAAAUCUGUAUAACAAGAAUCACGACUGCCAUCAGAGAGACAGAGUCCAUUGAAAAGCACGCCAAGGCCCUUGUGGGACUCUGGGACUCCUGCUUGGAACACAACCUGAGGCCCCCCUGGAAAGACGAAGACACUCCUCAUGCAAAAAUCGCGUCUGACAUCAUGAGCUGCAUCUUACAGAAUUACAGCCGGCCCUCUGUGAUGGCAUUAGCCAUCCCCAUCGCGGUGAAAUUCCUGCACCGAGGCAACAAGGAGCUGUGCAGGAACAUGUCUAAUUACCUGUCCCUGGCCGCCAUCACCAAGGCGGAUCUCCUGGCUGACCACACAGAAGCCAUAGUCAAGAGCAUACUCCAAGGUAAUGCCAUGCUGCUGAGGGUGUUGCCUGCGGUGUAUGAAAAGCAACCUCAGCCCAUUAACAGACACCUGCCAGAACUCCUGGCCUUGAUGUCUCAGCUGGAACAACCGGAACAGUAUCAUCUACUACGGCUUUUGCAUGUAGCAGCAAAGAGAAAACAAUUGGAGGGGAUUCAGAAGUGUGUUCCUUUCCUAAUCGGACAUUUGAAAGAUGCAAGUAACAGUGACGUCAUCCUAAACAUCCUCAUAGAGAUAGCAGGCUCUGAACCAGCGGCUCUGAGCAGCUUCCUCCCGAUGCUCAAAGAGAUAGGUGAGAGAUUCCCCUACCUCGUUGGACAAACGGCGAGGAUCUACGGAGCUGUUGGGCAAGUGGACGAAGAGAGAGCCAGGAGCUGCCUGGCCUACCUGGUGAGCCAGCUGGCCAGCAUGGAGCACUCGUUUCACCAUAUUCUUCUGCUGGAGAUCAAGAGCAUCACUGACACCUUCUCCUCCAUCCUGGGCCCACAGAGCAGAGACAUCUUCCGCAUGAGCAACAGCUUCACCACCAUUGCCAAGCUCCUUACCCGACAACUGGAGAGCUCCAAGGCUGGAAGUGGCAGGGGAAAAACCAGCACUGAAGUUGAAUUCCCUGAGAACCUGAAAGAAACUAAACUCACAAUAACUGAAAACGAAGACCAUGAAAAGCUCCAAGUUAAAAUCCAGGCCUUUGAAGACAAAAUAAAUGCUGAGAGCAAUACUCCUGCUUCAAUCAGAAGAUAUAGUUUGGGCCAAGUUUCUAAGGAAGAAAGAAAAAACAUGAGAUUUAACAGGUCAAAAAGUUUGGCUUUGCACUCCAUGCUCACGAAGGGUGUGAGCUCAGAUGACGGGGACGAUGUGGAAAGUGGAGAUACACCUGCCAGCACCUCUCUGUCAGAAAUAGACCCACUUCUCCAAGGAAGUGACAAGCUGUUCUCUCAGACAGACAUGGAUGGGUCACAGCUGGGAGGUUCCUCAGUUUCAUACCCAAGUAUUGUACAUAUAGAAUCAGAGAAGUUGCCAGAAACUAUUGAAGAGAACUGCCAGGAAGAAACUCUAGGGACAAUGACAAGUCCUAUGGAACACAAAGAUAAGCUCUACUUGUACUUAAAGGAAAACCUCAGUAAAGUGAAAGCCUACGCCGUGGAGAUCGGAAAGAGGAUUCCAAUCCCUGAUCAGUGCACCAUUGAAGAUACAGUUAGGAGUUGCGUGGCCAAGUUGUUCUUCACCUGCUCCUUGAAGGGCCACUACUGCCUCUACAGCAAGUCUAGUUUUAUCCUCAUCAGCCAGGAACCUCAGUCGUGGAUCCAGAUCAUGUUUCUGUUUCAGCAGAGCUUGUUUCCUGAGCCCCUGUCCAUACAGAGCCACUCUGUGCAAUUCCUCAGAGCCCUGUGGGAGAAGACCCAGGCAGGCAGCGCCCAUAGCUUUGAAACAGCCAUGAUGGAGUCCACAUUUCCACAGCAAAAGGAUCUGGACCAGGUACAGCUCCAUCUGGAAGAAGUGAGGUUCUUUGAUGUGUUUGCCUUCAGCGAAACAGCAGGAGCAUGGCAAUGCUUCAUGUGCAACAACCCUGAGAAAGCAACCGUUGUGAAUCAAGAUGGCCAGCCUCUCAUAGAGGGAAAACUUAAAGAGAAGCAAGUCAGAUGGAAGUUCAUCAAGCGGUGGAAAACCCGGUAUUUCACUCUAGCUGGAAAUCAACUCCUAUUUCAAAAAGGAAAGUCUAAAGACGAUCCUGAUGACUCCCCAAUAGAGCUCAGCAAAGUACAGAGUGUGAAAGCUGUGGCCAAGAAACGCAGGGACCGCUCUCUCCCUCGGGCUUUUGAAAUCUUCACAGACAACAAAACCUAUGUGUUCAAAGCCAAGGAUGAGAAGAAUGCAGAAGAGUGGCUUCAGUGCAUCAAUGUGGCGGUUGCCCAAGCUAAAGAGAGGGAAAGCAGAGAAGUUACAACUUAUCUAUAGGGACCUACAUGCCAGCCUCAUGCAACCGUGCACAGCAGGCAUUGCAUCAUCACUGCCAAUGUCAAGAAAAGGAGAGAAGUUCACCAAGCCAUGUUGUUCUUUUUACUAAUAACAGUGGAAUAGCUAUCUCUAAGGCCUAAAAUGGCAGGGUUCUUAGUAAAUUUAGUAUCCUAACAGCCGUUGUAUUAACCCCAGAAUAUCCAUCUGAUGUGUACAAGCAAAAUGAGCUACAGAGUACACCCUUACAGGGUGCCUGGCCAGGAAGGGGAAAGUCGUGGCUGAAGGAACUUCAGUAGCUAUGUCAUUUAAAACUAGGACAAUAGAGGAGGGCAUUUAACCUGUGGUUAGGAUACCCAUAUCCCACAUCAGAGUGCUUUGGUCAAUUCCUGACUCCAGCUUCCUACUAACACAGACCCAGGGGGCCCUGGUGAUGGCUCAAGUAAUUGGGUUUUUGCCCCCCACAUAGGAGACCUGGAUUGAGUUCUUGGGUCCUGGCUUUGGCCUGGCCCAUCCCUGGCCAUUGUGGGCAUUUGAGAAGUGAACCAAAAAUAUAUUUUUUAAAAACUUCAAGAAACAAACUUUAAAAGAUGCCUCAACUAUCUAUUCUGAAGAAAGAUAGGCACAUCCAAUGAAAAUCAUAGUCUGUCAAAGGUAUUAAAAGAAAAAAAAACUAGAAAAAGUUGAAUCAAUGUGUACUGAGGAAAAUCAUAUAACCUUACUUAGAGACUAAUUACAACCAUCCUUUCUUAAUAUAAACGAGGGCAACACCUGGUAAAAUGGUCCUCAGACUAAACUGGUUAUGCAAUUAAAUGUCUAUCUUUUAGAAUUACUUAUUUAACUUUUUUUAGGUUCAUACAAUCUAAAGUUGAGCUACUUGGAAAUAUCCCCUACCCAUGGCAGUAGAUGUUAGACAGAAUACCAUAAGAAACCAUUUUCUCUAGCUUCAAAUAUGUACCAGCCACCUCCACUAAACUUUAAGAUUUCAAAUUAAAGUCUGAUCCUCUUCUUCUUUGCAUUCAGACUUUUUAAUACCUCCAAAUUACAAGCAUUCGCUGGUUUUUGCCAUUACACACACACAUACCCACACACACACCCACACAAUCUUUUUUUUUAUUAUUAAGAUGUGGUAGGCAGAAUUCUAGGAUGACUCCCAGUGACCCAGGUAUGGGUAUAAUCCUCUCCCCCUGGGGUGUGGGUGGGACCUGCACCUUGUUUCUAACUAAUAGAAUAAGACAAAAGUGAUGGGACUACCUCUUUCAUGGUUAUGCUACAUUAUAUGACAAAAAUAAAGAGAUUUUGCCAAUGUGAUUAAGGUCCCUAAUCAGUUGACCUUGAAUUAACCAACAAGACAUUAUCCUGAUUGGACCUGACCUCCUCAUAUGAGUCCUUUAAAAAAAGAUGAACAAAUCAGAAGCAGACUUUCCUAUUGCCUUAGAGAAGCACACUGCCCAGAGUCCUACAGAGGUGAAGGAAUGAAUUUUGCCAACAACUAAGUGAUCUUGGAAGAAGACUGUGAAUCUCAGAUAAGAGCCCAGGCCCAGCCAACACCUUGGUUGUACCAUUGUGAAACUCUACACAGAAGACCCAACUACACCAUGCUGGACCCCUGACCUUCAGACACUGUGAGAUAAUAAAUGCAUACUGUUUUAAACUGAUAAGCUUGUAGGAACUUGUUUACAGUGAUCAUUAAUACAAAAGCUAACGUGGAAUACACAGAGGAUAACAUUUCCCUUGAAAUGUGUCUAUUAUGUAGGCUAACAUAGAAACCUGGAGAGAGAUUGUGAAUGGGCAACAUCCUGAGUUUAUUGCUAACUCAAUAGGAUAGGAAAUAUAAAGAGGGUCAUGUUUUAGGAACAAAUCUAAUUUGAGUAUGUAAAAUUGGAGAGGUUUAUGAGUCACAGAAAUUAUUACACAUAAGAAAUAGUUCUAGGGGCCAGUGCUGGGCAUAGUAGGCUAAGCCUCAACCUGUGACGCCAACAUCACAUAUGGGCACCAGUUCAUGUCCCAGCUGCUCCUCUUCCAAUCCAGCUCUCUUCUUAUGGCCUGGGAAAACAGUGGAAGAUAACCCAAGUACUUGGGCCCCUGCAUCCAUGUGGGAGACCCAGAAGAAGCUCUUGGCUCUUGGCUUUGGAUCCGCCCAACUCCAGUCAUUGUGGCUAUUUGGGGAGUGAACCAGCAGGUGGAAGACCUUUCUCUCUGUCUCUCCCUCUCUCUCUCUGUAACUCUACCUCUCAAAUAAAUAAAGAAAAUCUUUAAAAGAAAGAAAGAGAGUUCUAGAGGUAAAAAUUGGGGGUCAAUGCAUAUACAGUUCUAGGAAGUCACUGAAGGUAUGGAAUUUGAUUAAAUUACUCAGGGAGGGCCAGCGCCGCGGCUCACUUGGCUAAUCCUCCGCCUGCGGCGCCAGCACCCCGUGUUCUAGUCCUGGUUGGGGCGCCAGAUUCUGUCCCGGUUGCUCCUCUUCCAGUCCAGCUCUCUGCUGUGGCCCAGGAGUGCAGUGGAGGAUGGCCCAAGUGCUUGGGCCCUGCACCCUCAUGGGAAACCAGGAGGAAGCACCUGGCUCCUGGCUUCAAAUUGGCGCAGCAUGCCGGCCACAGCGUGCCAGCCGUGGUGGCCAUUUGGGGGGUGAACCAAUGGAAAAAGGAAGACCUUUCUCUGUCUCUAUCUCUCACUGUCUAACUUUGCCUGUCAAAAAAAAAAAAAAAAAAAAAAGAAAAGAAAGAAA